AUGCAAAAAGAUUUUAUUAAUGGAUUCAAAACUGGUGAAUUUUCGAUCUACAAUCAAGAAACAAAUACUCGUGCAUAUCGAAUCGAGUCUCAUAUGUAUCUUUUUAAACCUGAACGCAUUGAUCUUAUUGCGUAUCGACCAAUGCAAGUUGUAGGCAAGCUGACGACCAAAUUGAAACGUCGAUGGCGUGAAGUAACAUUUGAAGUGCUUGAUAGCCAAACUCAACAGUGGAAGGUGGGCAAGUUUAUUCAAAAUUAUAUUGGAUGGUACAGAGAUAGUAUUGACAUUGACUGGGGUGGAUUCCCAUUAAAAUGCGAGAUCGCUGCGAAUCGAUUGGCAGGACGAUUUCUAACUGAUAAUAAUACUAUUCUCUUGGCCGAAUUCAAACGAGGAUCACAGCACACUUUUAAUGCAAGUAACUACAAGGUGGAAAUAUAUUCCGAUGACGUUCCAGAUGCCAUUUAUCUACUUUAUGUUGCCAAUUUCGAUGAAAUCAUUACACGUAGAGAUCGUAACAGAUAUCCUAUUAAUGGUCAAUGGUGA